CUUGAGAGCAUAGUGUGCGGGCAGAGGACUCUGUGUGUGUGUGUGUGUCCCCGUGUGUGUGUGUGUGUCUAUGUGUCUGUGUCCAUGUGCGGGCUCCGGGCUUUGUUAUGCACGCGUCCUUGGCUCCUGGAGUACGUUCCUGUCAACCAUUCAGCAGUUUUCACGCUCAGACGCCAGUGCAUGUGUGCAUCCGUGUUCGUCGUGAAGACCAAAGGCAAUCUUUCCCCUCAACUUUCUACUUUUCAGACUCCUUCUCCCUUUAAACCUCUUUGCUUUCCACUUCUGAGCCGCGCUCCUUCUUUCCCCCCCCCCCCGCGUUGACAGCUGGCAGACGCACCAAACACCCUCCACAAGCAAGUUUAUACUUAAACUGACUUGAAAUGUCUGGCCGGCUCCUCCAUGGUAGCUGCCUUCCAUUUGUAGUCGAGAGCAUUAAACGUGUCAAAAUGUCCCGUCUGAUGUUGUGCUCACGCAUUCAAGUUGGUACAUUUAAGCUUAUUACAGCUGGUUUUCCGGCCUUAUGACAGUUGUUUUUUAUUUUUUAUUCGAGCGGUACAUUCACUUCCGUAGCCCGCAGAUUUGAUUCCACAAGCUGAGAGGUGCCAGAUUUGAGUUGCGUGUGCUUUUUUCCCCCCCCCCUCACGGAUCUGUUGUAAUUUCAUUCCGGCAAUGGUUUGUACACUGAAAGAUAUUCACGGCUGGACGAUUAAAGUCUACCAGUCAGUUUCCCCAGGGUUCCCCUGGGUUUUUUUUUUUUUUUUUGUGUGCAGACAUUACCAUAGAAUAGAUACAGAAGGGAUGACGAAUCAAAAGAAAAACCUGAAUAAAUGAGCUGAGAAACAUAAUGAAUGCAGAUCAUUCCGCGCAGGGCACGCGGGUCACUGGAUGGUUUGAUGAGAAUUAAAAAGAUCAGAAUCGUAUCCUUUGGUCUUCACAGCCACCAGAUGUCCAUGUGAUAUUUUACAGACAUGUUGGAAGAAUGGUGUCCAUUGCUCCCGCAGCGUUCCCGACACUUGAGACGGCCCCUUUUGCAAUCAAAUCUUCAAAGCACAGUUCAUCCCAAAAUCAUAUUUUCCCCUUUUUUUCUUUGUUUUGGUGAGUGUCGCCUGGUUUUUGGAGAUAUCAGCUCUCUCUCCGGAACGUCUUAUGGAACUUCUUACCGGCAUCCUGAGAGCUACUGGAGCCAGUUAAUGCUAAAGGGAGCGGCUGAAGUGUGACGUCUAAUGAUGACGUUGUAAUGUUGUUCAGUCUCUGCCGUCGCGAUGGCCCUUAACCUUCUGUCACAUGGUUUGAGCGCGUGAGCAUUUUGGCCAUCCUGCUGAACUGUGUGACCCUCGGGAUGUUCCAGCCCUGUGACCACACACCUUUCCUGCUGCAGGCUCUGGAUGAUGCGAUCUUUGUUUUCUUUGCCGGGGAAAUGGUAAUGAAGAUGGUGGCUCUUGGGGUCAUAGGUCACAACGGUUACCUUGGCGACACAUGGAACAGAUUGGACUUCUUCAUUGUUUUAGUGGGAAUGCUGGAGUACUCGCUCGACGGACACAACGUCAGCCUGUCGGCCAUCAGGACCGUCCGGGUCCUCCGCCCGCUGCGAGCCAUCAACAGAGUCCCCAGUAUGCGUAUCCUGGUGACCCUCCUCCUAGACACCCUCCCCAUGCUGGGCAACGUGCUGGCACUGUGCUUCUUCGUCUUCUUCAUCUUCGGCAUCGUCGGCGUGCAGCUGUGGGCGGGGCUGCUGAGGAACCGCUGUUUCAUGGGAGAGGAUGUCAAGGCGAGAUACAACAUCUCGUUCCUGAGAGGCUACUACCAGCCAGAUGGCACCGACGACCACCCCUUCAUCUGCUCCAUGGAGAGAGAGAACGGGAUGCUGCGGUGCACCGACGUGCCUCGCCGCCGCGUGAGCGGGACGUCCUGCUUCCUGGACGCCGAGGAGGCCGCUCCGGAGAUGGGACUCAAGGUGGACGAAGCGGCGUCGUGUGUGAACUGGUACCAGUAUUACAACGAGUGCCGCGCGGGCGAAGUGAACCCGCACAAAGGAGCCAUUAACUUUGACAACAUUGGAUAUGCAUGGAUUGCCAUUUUUCAGGUAAUCACACUGGAGGGUUGGGUGGACAUCAUGUACUACGUCAUGGAUGCACAUUCUUUCUACAAUUUUAUCUACUUCAUCUUCCUAAUUAUUGUGGGCUCCUUCUUCAUGAUCAACCUGUGCCUGGUCGUCAUAGCAACCCAGUUUUCUGAAACAAAACAGAGGGAGCACGCCUUGAUGAAAUCCGAGCUGCGCGCCCGGCAGCUCCACCAAUCGGCUUCCACGCUGGCCAGCGACAGCCAACCGGGGAGCUGCUACGAGGAGAUCAUCCGCUACGCGGCGCACUUGGGCCGCAAGGCGUGGCGCCGGCUGUCCCGCUGCUACUCCCAGACGCGCGCCAACAUCCACUGCGCGGGCAUGGCGUGCGCGUGCAGGGAGAAAAACCGAGGAGCCGCCGCCGCCGCCAGAGGGGGCGGAGCCGGAGAGAUGAACGGACUGGCGCACCGGCACUCGGGGCACGCUCCCAACGACCUUUCGCACCUCCAUCAGCUCUAUCAUCACCAUCACCAGCAUCAUCAUCAGCAGCAGCAUCAGCAGCAGCAGCAGCAGCAGCAGCAUCAUCAUCAUCACCCCCAGCAUCACCACGGGGUCAGAAACGGAGAUGGAGGGAGCGGUUUUAAUUACCCGUUCAUAUCGCCCCUCCUCGGCCCCCCGGACGCAAAGGCCCUGGACCACAAGAGGCUCGUGGCCAAGGAGGCCGUCGACAGGCUGCCGCAGCUGGCGGCGGAGCACGGCGGGUGCACCGGGCACCCCGGGUUGCCACUGCCAGGCGAGGUCCAGGGAGAGUCCUCGGUUUGCCCGUACUGCAUUUACUACAACCAGCUCAACGACGGCGAGCGCGUCAGCGAGCGGCCCGAGGACCAGCGCCGCGGCCGCGGCGACAGCCCGUGUCACUGUGGCGGCCCCCGCCGCGCCGACGCGCAGCCGUCUGAGCCAAAGGGAGCGCCGUGCAAGCGCCACUGGGCGGGACUCCAGGCUAAACUGGAACUCAUCGUCGGCAGCAGAUACUUCAGCAGGGGAAUCAUGAUUGCCAUCCUUAUCAACACGCUGUCAAUGGGCAUAGAGUACCACGAACAGCCGAAGGAGCUGACGGAUAUUUUGGAGAUCAGCAACAUGGUGUUCACCAGUCUGUUCAGCCUCGAGAUGGUGCUGAAGCUCAUGGCUCUCGGGCUCUUCGGCUACAUCAAGAACCCUUACAACGGCUUCGACAGCAUCAUCGUCAUCAUCAGCGUGUGGGAGCUCUCGGGCGACGCGGAGGGGGGGCUGUCGGUGCUCCGGACCUUCCGGCUGCUGAGGGUCCUGAAGCUGGUCCGCUUCCUUCCCGCCCUGCGGAGGCAGCUGGUGGUGCUGAUGAAGACCAUGGACAACGUGGCCACGUUCUGCAUGUUGCUCAUGCUCUUUAUAUUCAUAUUCAGUAUCUUGGGGAUGCAUCUGUUCGGUUGUAAAUUCGGUUUGCUGCAAGACAGCGGAGACACUUUCCCUGACAGGAAGAACUUUGACUCUCUGCUGUGGGCGACUGUCACAGUGUUUCAGAUCCUCACCCAGGAGGACUGGAACGGGGUGCUGUACAACGGGAUGGCCUCCACCACGCCGCUGGCUGCCCUCUACUUUGUAGCCCUCAUGACCUUCGGCAACUACGUCCUCUUCAACUUGCUCGUGGCCAUUUUGGUUGAGGGCUUCCAGGCCGAAGGAGACGCCAACAGAUCUGAGACGGACGAAGAGGGACAGUCGCUCAAUUUCGAGGACGAGGAGAAGUUGAGGGAGCUCUACGCUGCAGAGCUCAAGAUCCAGGCCAUGAUGCUGAGCCCCAACGGCCUCCUGAACCCGAAGGCCUCCAUGCCCCCCCACCUCCCCCCCCCCCCUCUGCCGGUCAUCACGCACACCGCAGCCACGCCCAUCAUCACCUACAGCCAGUCGCGGCGGGCCAGCGGCGCUUCCAUGGACGUGCACGGCCCGGAGCAGAGGUCGCCGCUGCCGUCACAGGUGCCGUGGGACUGCGGCCCGGAGAGCCGUCGCUCCAGCUGGACCAGCGUCGGCCGAGCCCCGAGCCUCCACCGGAGGAGCCAGUCGGGGGAGAUGGAGUCCCUGCUGUCCGAGGCGCACACCGGCUCCGACCUCAGCAUCGGGGAGCCGUCGCUGGACCAGCCGGAGUACCUGCAGGUGCCCGCGCUCCACUCGCCCGACUGCAACGGCACCACCUUUCACCUGCCGGACGACGGGCCCCUGGCCUCGCUGUACCACAGCGAUCAGGAGGACGACGAGAUUGAGGAGAGUUUAUGCAAGAAGGUGAAGAAGAUUCUGGAGCCGUAUGAGCCUCAGUGGUGCCUGGAGCACGAGGAGUGGUCUCUCUACUUGUUCGCUCCACACAACCGGCUCAGGUUGUGGUGCCAGAGGGUCAUAGGUCACAAGAUGUUUGAUCACGUCAUCCUCCUCUUCAUCUUCCUGAACUGCAUCACCAUCGCACUCGAGAGACCCGACAUACCGUCCAACAGCAUGGAGCGGGUCUUCCUGAGUCUGUCCAAUUACAUCUUCACGGUGAUCUUCGUGGGUGAAAUGAUGAUCAAGGUGGUGGCCAUGGGCCUGUACUUUGGAAACGGCGUGUACCUGCAGAGCAGCUGGAAUAUCUUAGACGGAGUGCUGGUCUUUGUGUCCAUGGUGGACAUCCUGGUCUCCAUAGCGUCUGCAGGGGGGAACCGAAUCCUGGGCAUCCUGCGCGUGCUGCGCCUGCUCCGCACACUGCGACCUCUCAGGGUUAUAAGCCGGGCUCCUGGUCUAAAACUGGUGGUGGAGACUCUGAUCACGUCUCUCAGACCCAUCGGAAAUAUCGUCCUCAUCUGCUGUGCUUUUUUCAUCGUGUUUGGAAUUCUGGGCGUCCAGCUGUUCAAAGGGAAGUUCUUCUAUUGUGACGGGCUCGAUGUGAGCAAAAUCAUGAAUAAGACCCAGUGUCUGGGGGCGGGAUACCGAUGGGUUCGACGAAAAUACAACUUUGACAACCUGGGACAGGCACUGAUGUCUCUGUUUGUGCUGUCGUGUAAGGACGGCUGGGUCAGCAUCAUGUACGAUGGCCUGGACGCGGUCGCAGUGGACCGGCAGCCAAUAAGAAACAACAACCCCUGGAUGCUGCUGUUUUUCAUCUCUUUCCUCCUCAUCGUCAGCUUCUUUGUGCUCAACAUGUUUGUGGGCGUGGUGGUGGAAAACUUUCACAAGUGUCGCCAGCAGCAGGAGGAGGAGGAGGCGCGGAUGAGGGAGGAGAAACGGCAGAAGCGGACAGAGAAGAGGAGGAGAAGGGCCCAGGAGAAGCCGUACUACGCUGACUACUCCCCACUGCGCCGAUCCAUCCACACCGUGUGCACCAGCCACUACCUGGACCUCUUCAUCACCAUCAUCAUCUUCACAAACCUCCUCACCAUGAGCAUGGAGCACUACAAUCAGCCUCGGUACUUCGAGGAGAUUCUGAAGUACUGCAAUUACGUCUUCACAGUGGUUUUUGUCAUCGAGGCAAUUCUCAAACUCAUCGCUUUUGGCCUGCGCCGCUUUUUCAAAGAGAGGUGGAACCAGUUGGACCUCGCCAUUGUGUUGUUGUCCAUCAUGGGAAUCGCCCUGGAAGAGAUAGACCUGAAUGCUUCCCUCCCCAUCAACCCAACCAUCAUCCGCAUCAUGAGAGUCCUCCGGAUAACGAGAGUGUUGAAGCUGUUGAAGAUGGCGACAGGAAUGAGAGCCCUGUUGGACACGGUGAUGCAAGCCCUGCCUCAGGUGGGGAAUCUGGGUCUGCUCUUCAUGUUGCUGUUCUUCAUCUAUGCAGCUCUGGGAGUUGAGCUCUUUGGAAAACUGGAGUGUUCGGACGAGAACCCAUGCGAGGGUCUUAGUCGCCACGCUACCUUUGACAACUUCGGAAUGGCUUUCCUCACCCUCUUCAGGGUGUCCACAGGGGACAACUGGAAUGGGAUUAUGAAGGACACGUUGCGAGAGUGUCGCCCGCAGGAACGCCACUGCCUCACCUACCUGCCCCUGAUCUCCCCCAUUUACUUCGUCACCUUCGUCCUGACGGCUCAGUUCGUGCUGGUCAACGUGGUCGUAGCCGUCCUCAUGAAGCACCUGGAGGAGAGCAACAAGGAGGCGCUGCUCGAUGAGCUGGAGGAGAAAAAAGAGCGGGAAGAGAUGAGGGAGCGGGAAGAGAUGAGGAAGUGGGAGGAGACCAACCGGCGCCUGAGCGCCGCGUCUCUGGGCGGAGACCCGGCGUCGUGCGUGGGCGCACCUGCUCAGCUGCAGGUGGAGGACGAGGAUUGUUCCCAUGGCAACCUGCUGAGCAUAGGACGCAUGCUGUCUCUCCCCAGCGACAGCUACGUCCAGCCACUCAGAUGCUCCCCUUAUCCUCCCGUGUGCCACGAGGCGUACGCCGGCUACAGCUACUCAGGCUCCGUGUCCUCUCUGGGCUCCAGCGGAGGCGGCUCGCUGCUGCAGGUCCCGGGGGCCCUGCCGGCCAUCAGCCACGCGUCGCUGGGGACCGGACGCAGCUCCAGGCCCAAGAUCUUCCUCAGCCCAUCCCAGAGCAUCGACAGGCACCCCUCGCACGACGCCGCCGCCGCCAGCCCGGGCCACGGGACGAACAGACACCGGCUCAGCUCGGCCCACAGCAUCGACGAGUACAGGUGUGGCCCGGCCCACCGGAUGAACCGGCACAGACUCAGCUCCACUCGCAGCAUGGACGGGUACAGGCUCCACGCGGACCACGGCGCCGACGGACCCGGCGUAGAAAGGCACUCCUCGCUUCGACUGAGCUCCGCCCAGAGCGCCGGCGGGCGUCCUUCUCAGUGGCUCGGCCCCGAAGGCGCCCUGGACAGAAACAUGCUGAGUCCCUCGUACGUCCCGGAGGGUUCGGCCCUGAGGAGGCCGGCGUCCUUCCACACCGCCAGCAGGCCGCUACGGAGACAGGAGGCCGUGCGCUGCGACUCUCUGGACCAGAGCGGUUCGGCCGACGACCUGGCGGACUUCCGACCCGCCGGCGCCGCCGCGUCCCCAGCGCCGGCCCGCCAGCGAUCGUCGAGCGUCCACACGCUGAAGUACGCGCAACCCCAGAGGGUCAUCUCCUGCAGGAGCCACGGCGGCAGCCAAGGCGAGGCCGCCGGGCCGGAACGCGCCCCGCAGCCGCAGGCGGACGCCGAGCCGAGGCCCGCGGCCAGCGGCCCGCAGAGGCUGUCCAGCCUGAAGGUCCCCAGCGGCGAAAAGGUCCCGUCGGACCCGGGCGCCAAGUCGGACGCCGCCGCCGACGAGGAGGUCAGUUGCAUUAACAGUUCCGGCGAGGCAUUGGGCGGCAACAGGAAGCGGAGGUCGAGCCCGCCGCCGGGGGAGGAGCCGGUAACUAUGGCUACGCCACGGACGGACAGCAGCGUCGAGCUGAGGAGGCGGACGCUGUCCUUCGACGCCACGUCCAGCCCCCCGAACCAGUCGGAGGAGACUCCCGCGGACGAGUAGAAGGGCGGGACGUGGG